GGGACGCUCGAUUUCAGCCUGCUGUAUGAUCAAGAAAACAACGCUCUUCACUGCACAAUCAACAAAGCCAAGAUGCCCCGCGUGCACUACCAAAAGGGCCUGAAGCCAAUGGACCAUAAUGGACUGGCUGAUCCAUACGUGAAAUUGCACUUACUGCCCGGAGCCAGCAAGGCAAAUAAGCUGAGGACCAAAACUUUGCGGAACACAUUGAAUCCCACUUGGAACGAAACCCUCACGUACUACGGGAUCACCGAUGAAGACAUGAUCCGCAAAACGCUCAGAAUUUCGGUUUGCGAUGAAGACAAAUUCCGCCACAAUGAGUUCAUUGGAGAAACAAGGAUUCCUCUCAAAAAGCUGAAGCCUAACCAGACUAAAAAAUUCAACAUUUGCCUGGAGAAGCAGCUUCCGAUAGACAAAAUGGAAGACAAAUCGCUGGAGGAACGUGGCCGGAUCCUCAUUUCCCUGAAAUAUAGCUCCCAGAAACAGGGCCUGCUGGUCGGCAUCGUCCGCUGCGCACAUUUGGCCGCCAUGGAUGCGAAUGGCUACUCUGAUCCCUACGUGAAAACCUACUUGAAACCUGACGAGGACAAAAAAUCUAAGCAUAAGACUGCAGUGAAGAAGAAAACUCUCAACCCUGAAUUCAAUGAGGAAUUUUGCUAUGAGAUAAAGCAUGGAGACCUGGCCAAGAAGACCUUGGAGGUUACAGUCUGGGAUUAUGACAUUGGCAAAUCCAACGACUUUAUUGGUGGUGUGGUCCUUGGGAUCAAUGCCAAAGGAGAACGGCUGAAGCACUGGUUUGACUGCUUAAAAAACAAGGAUAAGAAAAUUGAACGGUGGCACACGCUGACAAACGAACUGCCAGGAGCUCUCCUUAGUGACUGACUGCUUGGGCCAGAGACCUGGGACAUCAUGCGCCAAGCGUCAAAGGAACAGAUGGCCUUGGACUUGGUUUCUUUAGUGCACACUAUUCAGCGAGGGGCUCCCGAGGCAGAGGCAACAAAGGGGCUUGGUUGGGAAGCUGGUCGGGCUCACCUUCCGGGGACUCCAACCAGAAGCCAUUUUGGUUCUGGGCGGUCCAGCAAACCAGCCCUAGAGAUUUUUACAGGACGCCUUGAAUCUCCUCCUGCAGCAAGCUGUGGUCUGCGUGUGUAUGUGUGUGUGUGACGUGCGUGUGUUUGUUUGGGGGAAAAGUAGACCUGCAUGCAUUACAGUUGUGAUUUAUUUGAUAUACUGAAUUUAAGGCUUGGAGUGGCCGCUGAAUGCCCGGCGUCUAAAUAAAUUUCCACGGGUUUAUUGACUCUCCAAAAGAAGACACAGUGGAUUCCAUUUCUGAGUGUCUGGUGAUUUGGGGCAGGGUCUUUUCCUGAGUUUAACGUUCCCAGUGAUUUUAGUACUUGGUUUGUGUGUGCGCGCGCGCGUGUGUGUGUACGCACCUAUACAUGUGUGUCUGUGUGUGCGCAGGUGUGCACGAGAGUUUGCUUUUCUUUGGCCUCCCUAGUGUUUUAGCUGCCCUUCCUGACAAUCUGUACAACACAACAAAGGGCUGUGUCACUGAUUACCCCCAAGAACGUGUCCGCUCCUUCUGCCUUGGCUCUCAUUUAAAAAAAUCCAAGAGGCUCUCUAAAAGAACAGCCCACGAUUCCCCCUUUGUGCAAAAGAAGCACCUCUGUUCUGGAAUGAGAGGUACGUCUUCUCUUUUGUCCCUGGUUAUACGAGGGAGCCUCGCGUUAUUGUCUCUGUACGCAGCUCCACGCUGUUGAAAAUCCAAGCUGGCUUUGUGGGUUGACUUCCAACAGGGUGUGUUUCUUCUGUCUGUGCAGCCACCCACAGCUUUUGUUGAAUGCAGGUCUAGAGCAGGUCUUUCUGUUACUUGGUAAAAGUUUUCAUCAGAGCCAGAGAACCCCCAAGGUGGGUGCCCUCAAUUACCUUCAAACAUCGGAUGUUUGGCCAGGCCAAGCAUCCAGUGUGUCUAAAAGGAUAACAUUUGGGCUUCUCCCAAUUUUUUUCUUCUGAUAGCACAAUUCAGAUUCUCUGGAUCAGGAGUCCAUUUCUUUGCCUUCGUUUUUCAUUUUUUUCUUCUAAAACACCUCUAUUUAUCCGGACUGCACGCAUUGUCCUAUAAAAGGGGAAGGAGAGCAAAUUAGAAGUGCAAAUGCUGUGAAUUAGUGCUACUACAGUUUGAUCUGGGGCCAAGAAAUAAUGUGCAAGACCCCCAAACGUGCACAACCUUCCAAUCAUGAAUUUGAUUGUGUUUCCUCAGAAAUGUCAUCUCUAUUUAGUUAUGUGUGUUUUGAUUUGUUUUGUUUUUGGCAUGAAAUACACAUUUUGUACACUUCCUUUAAAAUUCUUCUGCUCGCUCUCCAACAGUUUUUACACCCAUUUUUAUGGACAUCCUAAUUCCUGGACCAAUUAUUUCAUGAUUUAAGCGCACCAAAAAUAUUCACUGAUUGAAAUACAUCAAAAAUACUGGAUGAUUUAAAUACAUCUACAUAUACCCCACCAAAUUUAAUUAUUUAAGUAUAUUUGAAUGUAUCCACCAUGCAGGCAAGAGGCACUAAUAUCCGUCCAAUAAAUAAAUAAGUAAAAUAAUUUUCCGCUGUUCCUGUUCCGGCCCCGAAUUCCAACAAAUCAAGCAGAGCUCAACACCUUCUGGGUUUUCACCUGUAAGCCUGAAACGAUGUUUACGUCAGGCAUAGAAAGCAAUCAUCUGGGAGACGCUACUCUCACAUGUCGUAUGUUAAUAUUGUACCCUGUUAGGAUCCUCUGUGGGUGGGUCAAAGAAGGCAAGGUGGCCACCGUGACCGCAUGAUCAAAGCCUGUCCCUUUAAGGACCACCAUCUUGACUCUUUUGACCCACUCCGGUGGAUGCUCCUGUAGCCUCUGGUUUGGCGCACCUUAAUCUUGGGAUCCUAUUUCAGUGGGCAAAUUCUGUUCCCCAUACAAAAUCUUUUACCUACGUAGGGCAAACUUUAAACUUGAUAUGGGAACAGCGAAGGACCAUUAUUCUUCCAAGGUGUGCUUGGAAUGUGGAACAGGCGGCCCCGAUCCAUCUGGCAAGAGCAGGGCUGUGCCUUUUUCUUCCCGUCACUCGUUGCACGUUGUGUAAAGCGCAUCUCCUUCUGCUGGUUUUCAUACCCACGUUUGUUGUGCAUUCUUCUCUUUUGUAUCGAAGACUUUUUUUUUCCAGCUGAAGCUCUGUAUAAAUCAACAUAUACAUAGAUAUCAUUAUACAGCAUAUAAAUAUAUAAAUACACACAAAUUAAACGAAAGACAUUAUUGCAUGCCAGUGGGUGGUUCUCAUGCAAAAGACUUGUUAAAUGUUUGAUACCAAUGUUUUGCUACGAUGCGGUCACUGCUGAAGACAGUCGUGACUACAACUUCAGAGAUAAAUUUUGUAUUCCAGUAUUAUUACGUGUACCUUUUUUUUUUUUUUUUGGUUUAAUCUUUAGAACCUCAAA